GGACAACAAUUUCUCAUACAUUUUUCAAUGUUUGCCUAUAUAAAACCGGCUCUACAGAAGAAAACAUUCAGAAAACCUAUUUAGAAUAAUAAAAUCUUAACAUAAUGGCAUCAAGUCGAUUAGAAAAAAUAGGAAAUAUUUAUACGAGAAUUCAAGGUUUGUUAAAAUCAGGUGCUAUGAAGCAUGAAGAUCGUCCAAUAUUCUAUAAUAUCUAUGAAGCUUUUCCACCCUUAAAAGAACCAAAAUAUGGAGAACGUCCAGAUAUGACGAUUGCAAUAAAACCAAUAUUUUAUAACGAGGAUCAGGAGAGAGCGUCGAGAGAUAGCUCAAAAAUAUUGUACAACUUAAAUGAAAGUAACAAGAGAUUGUCUAAAGUCAAUUCCAACAAUAAUUCUUCUGUACAUUUUCAACAAAGGAAAGAUGAAUCAAAAAACAGACUUUUUGACUUUCAACAGCUUUCGGAUCUUAAGGAAUAAUUUUUUAACACUACCAAUUUCAUAGUUAGAUAAUUAGGAAGUACUUUUGGAUUUAUUAAUAAAAUCAUCUUAGAGAAAAGAAGAAUAAACUUGAUUAACUAAAAAAAAGGUUUCUUCAGUCCAAAGACAUUACACAUCCAACGUUAACAUAUAAAAGCAAGCAACAAAAAAUUAAGACAAUAUUUAUAUAAAAUUGUAUUUUAGUCCAUAUUAAAUAAAAUUAUUUUUCCUAUGAAUUAU